UACCACAUUAUACCACGAUAUUAUAGUAUUAUACCGCGUACGCCGUUCUCCCGCAGCGGCACCAACACAGCGUCACUUUGCCGAAUUCGACCAAUUCCUAACCCUUUAUCGUUCGGUAAUCGCCAAUCGGUGCGAUUCCGCUGCUGUUGCCGCCGUCGCCCCGGGUAUAAGCGCACGCACUGUCGUCAGCCGCUCGAAAUCCGCGCUCGGUCCGUACGACGCGACACGGUUUUAACGACAUUAUUCUGUAUCGCGGUGUCGCCGGCCGCCCACAGUUACCGCACGCCACUACGCCAGCGACAGACCGAGCGUACCUGCUAGACGAAUAACAACGCUAUAUUAUUGUAAUUUGUAACCGCUCCGACUCCACUCGAACGCACGCACACGCACGCGACUGUGCGCGCCAACACACGCAUACCGGCAUAUCCGUUGUCGUCUUGUUCCGUCUUUCUUCAGUCUUUUUCUUCUUCUUCGGCGAUGCGAAGUAAGCUGUACUAUCGACUAUUAAAUAUCCAAUAGAUACCUUCUCCGCCGCCAUCGUAUGUGCCUGAUGAGACGCGCGUGCUGAAAUUCGAGACGUCGCUACAGCUACGACCACAGCCACAGCCACCGCUAGCUCCGUCACGACUACGACCACUGCCACGAUCGGGAUCUACUUCACUUCCGCAGAAAACGUCGAUAUUACAUCUGUGUUUUGACGUUUUGCAGUCCGGUAUGGAAGUCAACAACGCCAGGUUCGACGAAAACACGGACGAGUCGCCAGCUGAUGCUCUUAAGUCUGAUGACCACAAAAAGCUGCUCGAAUAUGGCAUACAUGAAUCUGUUGCCGACAGACUAGACGAAAUUUAUAAAAGUGGUAAAUUAGCACAUUCUGAUUUGGACACUAGAGCAUUAGAUGCUUUAAAAGAAUUUCCUGUGGAUGCAGCUUUGGGAGUUCUUUCUCAAUUCCUUGAUAGCAAUUUAUUACAUGUAUCUAAUAAGUCUGCAUAUUUAUGCGGAGUAAUGAAAACUUAUCGACAAAAAACAAGAAUUACCCCUCAAGAACAAUUUGUACAACCACCCAAAGGGCCAGAAUUUGAUAAAGUCAAGGAAAUAUUAGCUAGAACUAACUAUAAAUUUGAUGUGACAACUGGGCAACGAAAGUAUGGUCCACCUCCUGACUGGACUGAUCCCAAGCCAACUGCUGGUUGUGAGGUAUUUUGUGGGAAAUUGCCAAAUAUUGUGUUUGAAGAUGAACUGAUUCCAUUAUUUGAAAAGUGUGGUAAGAUAUAUGAUUUGAGAUUGAUGAUGGACCCAUUGUCUGGUACUAAUCGUGGAUAUGCUUUUGUUACUUACACUACUAAGGAAGAAGCUGAAAGAGCUACUGUAGAACUUGAUGGUUAUGAAAUUAAGCCCGGAAAAAAUAUUAAAGUGAAUAUUAGUGUACCUAAUCUUCGUCUUUUUAUUGGGAAUAUUCCUAAAUCAAAAGGAAAAGAAGAUAUUAUGGAAGAAUUUGGCAAAAUAACAAGUAAUUCAUUAUUGCUUAUCAUUGCUUUUUUAAAUUAUUUAAUGUUAUACUAUAUUACAACAUUUAUUCUAGGUGGACUUACAGAGGUUAUAAUCUAUAGUUCUCCUGAUGACCGUCGAAAGAAUCGUGGAUUUUGCUUUUUAGAGUAUGAUUCUCAUAAAGCUGCUUCUGUAGCUAAAAGACGCUUAAGUGCUCCUAAUUACAAAGUAUGGGGUUGUGAUAUAAUUGUAGAUUGGGCUGACCCUCAAGAAGAGCCUGAUGAUGAAACUAUGUCAAAGGUUAAAGUGUUAUAUGUUAGGAAUUUAACUCAAGAAGUGACUGAAAACCGUUUAAAAGAAACUUUUGAAGCUCAUGGUUCAGUGGAGAGAGUAAAAAAAAUAAAAGAUUAUGCUUUUAUUCAUUUCAAUGAUAGAGGUUGUGCUCUCAAGGCUUUGGAAAUACUAAAUGGUAGCAAUUUGGAUGGAGCUACUUUGGAAGUAUCACUAGCUAAACCUCCAUCAGAUAAAAAGAAGAAAGAAGAAAUUUUAAGAGCUAGAGAACGUCGUAUGUUUACUAAUAUGCAAGGCCGUGCUUUUGGAUUGAUGCCACAGCCAUUAUCAUUGAUGGGUGCUCCAAGACCAGGCUAUCGUACUGUUUCAAAUAAUUUACGUAUGGCUGGUCGAGGUGAUUUCGAUUGGCCAUGGGGAUUUAAUACAUGGAUGUGGCCUGCAGGCCGCUGGGAUGCUGGGGCUGCCGGUCCUUGGGGAACCGCGUCUACUGGAAAUAGACAAUGGCAUGGAGUUGCACCAAACAAUCGGUCAUGGGGAAAUAACGGCGGUGGCCGAGUCGGCGCAACUGGAAAUAGUAGCGGCGCUUCAAGCCAUGGGAAGUUUACAAGAUAAACAAGGUGAAAAGAGGUCUGAUAAAAGUCUCCAGAAAGAGGGGGGUCAGCGCAAUCGGACCCGCAACAGCUACAGACGUAAGGGCGUCGGCACGAACGACUGGAUGGGGCGAGAGCGAAAGCGCUGUACACUUGAUGUCA